CUGUUUUACACAGAUCAAUUUCCAACUCAUAUAAUUAACUAACUCAUACAAUUUUACACUUGCUAAUCUGCAACUGUAUUUAUAAUAAAAUGUAAGUGACCGUCAGCUAAUGCUAAAACCGCACAGGUAACACUACCUAUACAAUUGCAUAGUUCACACUUCACACGACACAAUUAAUUUGUCAUAAUGGCCACGACAAAAGAGUCAUCCUAACCACAUUUUUUUUAGGAAAACUCAUCCUAACCACAUUUAAGACAUGAUAACAUGUAAUUCACUUAUGUUACCAUACUUUCCUUUUGUUUGUUGUAAACUCAGUUUAAUUAAUGUAAUUUCAGCCGUUUUCAAAAUUAAAAAAACAAAAAAAACUUACAAACAAAUUAUACAAGCUUUGGUGUGUGAAGAUAGUAUUUGAGAAAUGAAAGCGUUAAGAUAAACUAAUACUCCGUACUUUUUAAAACAGAUUUACUCUAAAUCCUUAAAAAUUCUGCCCAUCCCCUUAAUUGGACCAUCGUAUAAAGACUCAGCCAUUUAUUUAUUAGACGGAUCUAACCCAUUAAUAAUUGUGGCGGGUCAUGGGUCAUGGCUUUUAAUAGGGAUCCAAGGCGUCCAACACUCCAACCCAUUGAAUUGCUCUGUUGAAGCGCAUUCAACGUUCUCCAUUGAAGCGCAGUUGCCGUUCUCCGUUGAAUCUAGUUCUUGUAUCUCCCAUUGAAGCAGCUUCUGAGGUGGGAUUUCAUUGAAGAUGGGAAUAAGUUGUAUAAAGACAUGGACCGACUCGUUGCAUACGAAAAGGGAUUGAAGACAUGGACUAGAUGGGUAGACUUACAUUUGAGCUCUUCAGAUAUCAGGGUGUUUUUUCAAGGAGUCUCCCCUGAUCAUAUGAAUGCCCUUAACUGGACAGCUCCAAAUGCAAGAACAUGUAUAGGAGUAAAGCGACCGUUACUCGGAGCAACAAACAAUGGAGUAGUUGAAGAACACCCAGCAGACAGGAUAGUAGAAAAGGUGAUUAAGAAAAUGGAAAAGCCAGUAGAAUUGUUAAGAGUAACACCACUUUCUCAAUUAAGAAGAGAUGGACAUCCUGGAGUUUACGGAAUUCGUAGACAUAGACUUCCUGAUUGUAGUCAUUGGUGUCUUCCUGGUGUGCCUGAUACUUGGAAUCAUCUCCUUUAUGCUUCCCUUUAUUUUUCCACUUCUUGAUUUACGUUGUUGCUGCCGGGAUCAAACCCGGCUUUAUUAUUCAUUGUAUUUCUUAAAUUAACAAAACUGUUCAA